CAGUUCUAUAUGAGAUUAUUUUUUUUUGGUGCAGAUUUUUUGUCAUUCCAGCAAAUGUUAUGCACAACACCAAAAAUUUUCUUUUGGUGUAACCUACGUUUUCCAAAGGUAAAAAUCCCACUCCGUAUAAACUAACAAACCGUCUCGGGUUAUGGACCUGGCUUCACUGCCUUAGAGUUCUCACCAGUCACCGUCGUCCAAGCUACCAAUGGAGGCGUCGUCGUCGUCGUUCUCCGGAGCUCGGAACCCCUUCCGUUCUGCCAAAAUGAGCGUGCCCGGUUCCACCGCUCAAGCGAUGGCAGAAGAUUUCUCCGAGCCGUCUCAGGAAUUCUCAGAGAAUGAAGGCAAGUCAGAGGUCUACAUGGCAUGUGUCAUGCAUGGUCAUAGAAUUGGAGUUUCCUAUUAUGACUCCGGCAUACGACAACUCUUUGUAAUGGAAAUUUGGGAAGAUGGGAGUAAUUACUUUCCCUUGGUUGAAAUGGUAAAAUACCAAGCCCAACCUGGAGUCAUCUACACCAGCACAAAAACUGAUGAGUCUUUCUUGGCGGCCUUACAGAGAUGCGAUGAAGCAAGUAGUGCUGCCUCUGUAAAGCUUGUAAAAAGUUCAAUAUUCAGCUAUGAGCAAGCAUGGCACAGAUUGAUGUACCUUCAGGUCACAGGAAUGGAUGAUAGCUUAAAUAUAAAAGAGAGGAUUGGCUUUCUGAGCUCUAUGAUGGACAUUAGCAGUGACGUUCAAGUGCGUGCAAGUGGAGGGCUUCUUGCUAUACUGGAAGAUGAAAGGAUAGUAGAUACCCAUGAACAACAUGACUUUGAAAAUACAUCUAUUGCUAUUGACUCCAUUAGUCAAAUUUCUUUAAACAAAUUUCUGAAACUUGAUUCAGCUGCUCAUGAAGCAUUGCAAAUAUUCCAAAUUGACAAACAUCCUAGCCAUAUGGGGAUCGGAAGAGCAAAAGAGGGGUUCUCUGUAUUUGGAAUGAUGAAUAAGUGUGUUACACCAUUAGGCAGACGUCUCUUGAGGAGCUGGUUUCUGAGGCCCAUACUGGAUCUUGAUGAUUUAAAUGGCCGGCUUGAUGCUAUAUCAUUCUUUUUGAAUGCUAGAGAACUAUCAAUUUCCUUACGUGAAACAUUAAAGUCGGUGAAAGAUGUUCCUCGUAUUCUCAAGAAAUUCAACUCCCCAAGCUCUACAUGCAUGAAUAUGGACUGGGCUGCUUUUCUGAAGAGCAUUUGCUCACUCCUGCAUAUCUACAAAAUCUUUGAAGUGGGCAUUUCUGAAGAUCUUCGAGAUCAGCUGAAGUCAUUGAACUUAGAUAUUGUCAAGAAGGUUGGUGAGGAACUAUCAAGUGAUCUAGGUUUUGUUUGUGAACUGGUGAUUGGUGUCCUUGAUGUAAAUAGAAGUAAAGAGAAGGGUUAUGAGACAAUUGUGAAAGACGGCUUCUGUGAUGAGUUGGAUGAGCUGAGGCAAAUAUAUGAAGGAUUGCCCGACUUUCUGGAUGAGGUUUCGUCAAUGGAACGCGCAAGACUACCUCACAUGAUGGGAGAUAAGGGUCUCCCUUGUAUUGUCUAUAUGCAUCAGAUAGGUUUCUUACUCUGCAUUUUCAAUGAAAAACUUGAUGAAGAAAUGCAAGAGAAACCUCCUGAUUUUGAGUUUGCUUUUGUUGAUGAGGAUGGAGAUAAGAAGAAGUUCUUUUACCGCACCUCGAAAACACGAGAGUUGGAUACUCUUCUUGGAGAUAUAUAUCAUAAAAUCCUGGAUAUGGAGAGAGCAAUUACAAGGGACCUAGUGUCACAUGUCCUGCAAUUUGAAGUUCCCAUCCACAAUGCUGUUAAUUUUGCUGCUGAGCUUGAUUGCCUCUUAUCGUUAGCACUGGUUGCUUAUCAAAACAAUUAUGUAAGGCCGACUUUGACUACAAAAAAUUUUCUUGAUAUACAUAAUGGAAGACAUCUUUUACAGGAAAUGACAGUUGAUACAUUCAUUCCGAAUGAUACAAAGAUUUUGGAUGAAGGAAGGGUUAAUAUUAUCACAGGGCCUAACUAUUCUGGUAAAAGCAUCUAUGUAAAGCAGGUUGCUUUAAUAGUUUUUCUUUCCCACAUUGGAAGUUUUGUACCGGCUGAGGCAGCCACAGUGGGUUUGACUGACAGGAUCUUUUGUGCAACGGGAAGCAAGUUUAUGACUGCUGAACAGUCAACAUUUAUGAUUGAUCUGCAUCAAGUGGGAAUGAUGUUAAGGCAUGCAACACCCCGGUCUUUGUGCUUGCUGGAUGAAUUUGGCAAGGGCACUCUCACCGAAGAUGGCAUUGGUCUCCUCGGUGGAGUUAUAAAUCAUUUUGUAUCGUGUUAUGACCUUCCAAAGGUUCUUGUGUGUACUCACUUGACAGAGGUAUUUGACAGUGGAUGCUUAUUGGAGUCGAAAAGGAUCAAAUAUUACACCAUGAGUGUAUUAAGUCAACAGAAAAGUUCUGCGGGUCUUGAAGAUGUUGUAUUUUUGUACAGCUGUUAGUAACUUAGUAUCAUGCAAUCUUUGAUACACGCUGCACGAUUUGAUUAGACCCAAUCUUCCAAUGCUACCGAUAUGUGCUUGUAUCGAAGA